GCUUCAACACUUCUCAUUGAUACGUACCGUAACUUUGUUAGAAUAUAGUUUGAUUUUUCUUCGUGUUGUAUUCGAAUAGUUAAAUAAGCUUAUAUAGUGUAGAAUCACGAAAAGGCUAGGCUAUACUGGUGGGUUAAUAACUUUAUAAGCUUUAAACAAGACCCGUAACAAUUCUAAUUGCGAAGCAGUCAUGAGUUUCACUCCACCAUCUUUGAAAAGCAAGUUUGAACUGUGCCUCAAUAACGACGAUUUAAGUGAUUGUGAAUUUCUGGUUGGCGAAAAAAAGUGCAAAAUCAAAGGACAUAAACUGUUGUUUGGCAUCUCUAGUCCUGUUUUUCGAGAUAUGUUGUACGAUGGACUUCAGAGCAAAAAUGGUGUAACUUACGAGGUCAUCGACGUUGAACCCGAAGAAUUUCAAGGUAUGAAACAAUUUAUCUAUACAGAUAAUGUGGUUUUCACAUCAGGUCUACAUGCGUGCUCAGUAUAUUUAGCCUCUUGGAAGUAUGUGAUUCCUGAUCUUAUGCCGAAAUGUGUUCAAUACAUCAAAGACAAUUUGUCUGUUACUGAAGUAAUCGACGUGUUUGAGUUUUCACGCCUCAAUAACAUUCCAGACAUUGAAAAAAUAUGUUUGGCAAUCUUUCAAGAAAAAACCAGAGAGGUAAUGCAGAGCGAAAAGUUUCUAACCACUGAUAUUCAUACACUGGAAGCAAUUUUGAAGUUGGACUCGUUAAAAUUAGAAUCUGAAUUAGAGGUUUUCCAAUAUGUAGAAAAAUGGGCUCUAGCAGAGUCUUGUCGCAGAAACAUUGAUUUGCAGCAACAGGGAGAAUAUUUCAAUUGCAUCAAAAGACAUCUGCGAAUUUUGACAAUUGAUAAGGAGCAAUAUGAAAACGGUCUGUCCAAGUCUCAUUUGCUUACUGCUGAGGAAAAAAUUCCGAUUCUACACAAUCUAUUGGGCUUUGAAGAGAAGCUGCCACAUACGUUUUCUGAUGUGACUGUGCCUCGAAUUUUUACAGUGGGGGAAUCAGAGGAGGAACAAGAAGAAGGAGAUAUCAAGGAAUUGAGUUUUACACGGACAGAAAGUGACAAUGAAUUUAAUUGUGAGGGGUCAGAAUACGUAUUGGUACGUUUCAGAGCCGAAAACAUCACAAUUAUACCAUUAGAAUUUUCACAUGAGAUUAUAGAAAGUCUAAUAGAAAACUGCGAAUUUAAGUUAUAUUCUUUGGAAAAAUUAAAAGAUUCCGAAGAGAAAAUUUUUGAUACUGUUUUGAGCAUUGAAAAUAGUUAUUACUUUGUAGUUUUUUACCUCAAAUUCAAAUUGAAUAGAAGUACUGGUUUUUCUGAAUUACAAAUUUCCUUGUUGCUAAAAGAGGACAUAUAGAAGAUACGAAAUAUUAUAGGUAUUAGGUAACUCAAGACUGGGUCCCCUAUGGUACGGUAGUUUGUUACAUAUAUGCUUCCCUUAUAAGAUGAAAUUCUGAAAUACAUGUUACUUCUAUAUUUUAUUAAAGUUGAGUCUAUCUACUACAUAGGUGAAUUGUUAUUUAUAGUGAUGAAGUAAAAAAUAUAUUAUAAUUAAAAAUAUAUAAAUAAUUAUAGUAAAAUUAUUUCUAUAAUGAUGUUCACGUUAUAAUGGCAGCAUUUGACAAACAUCGGUGUUGCUAUCCUUGUCUAUCAAUCGAUAAAGCAGAUAGCACCAUAUCCCUAUCUAGUUUCAACGUUACCAUAUCUUUUUUCAACAAUGUAAAGAUAUAAUCAAUAAACAAAAUAUUUAACAUUAUAAAAAUGUAUUAUUAAAUCAUUGAAUAAUAGGCUAUAUUAUCUUGACGAAUAAAAUAUGAUUUUUUAUUUUCAACAAGAAUAAAAAGUUAAUAUUACAUCAGAUAUAACGAUAUCAGCUAUCCUCUAGAGAAAGAAGUGGCAAGGCAGAGAGAAUCGGCAACGUUGUUGUUAAAUCUUUUCCACUGACACUGAAAGAUAUAUGAUAUAGUUGAUACAGCAUACAGGUCCGUAUAUCUGUAUAGAAAUAUCAACAUUUGUUUAUUCUUGAUAAAAAUGAUAAAUUAUAUUUUAUACUUGUCAAGAAAAUAUAUCUUUUGAUGAUUUAAUAAUAAUUUUUCAUAAUUAUUAAUAUUAAAUACUAGCUAGUCCGGCAAACUUCGUACCGCCGAAAAGCCAAUGUAUCUCAUGUCACUUUUGACUUUAUUUGGUGGAUCAUUAAAUUUAUCUGACAGUCAAUAUUUUCAUUUACAUCUCAAUGCGACUUCCUAUGUGUUAUUUAGUCAUGCAGCAUUUAUUAUUCCGAAAACAUAUUCUUCUCAAUCAAUUGGUAGUGAUAUCUAUCAAUAAAGUAGUUUAAUUAAAAAAAUAGAUAGGUUAAAUCAGUGUUUCAAAGAUGAAUUUAAUACCAGUACACAGUUUAUCUGUUUAUUACAGCUGUUAACUUUAUUAGAAUCAUCAUAUUAUCACAACAUGAUCUUCAAUCAUGAUCAUCUUUCGUUCUUCGGUAGCCGCUCGGCCGACAAUUUCAAUAACAUAGUUCUGUAAAAUGGAUUAAUAAAUUAUUAUUAUCAGCCCCCCUAAUAAAAUUUCUGGUCAGAAACCAUUCCCAAUAGUCACACAACAUAUUCCCGAAGUUUCAUGCCGUUCUGUCAAGUAGUUUUUAAAAGUCUAUAGGGAACAAACAUACUAACACACAAACAGACAUUCAUUUCUAUAUAGUAUAUAGAUUUCGUUGAUUAUAUUUCUACAUUGUUGAAAAACGAUUUGGCAACGUUGCGGAGGUACAGAAGGAUCUGCUUUAUUUGUCGAAUGAAGUCAAGGAUAGCAACACGAAUGUUAAUAAUCAAAUCAUGCCUCAACACCUCACUAUUGACUGUAGGACACUGUAAAGUUAAUGUUACCUUAAGGCCCAAUUCACACUGAAGUGGUGGAGAACUGACGUGGCCCGGGCGUGGCGGUGGCAUGGCGCUGACUUUUAUAACUUCCUUAUAAGCAUAAUAUGGAUCAAUGCAAACUGAAGUGUCUUGAAUUUGUCAUUAAUUUUAAUUUUUUCCUAUUGAAAACAUUUUUUAUUUAACAUGCUCAACAAAUAUGAUAUGACUAUUUCAAUAAUAAAAUCGUAUUCAAAUUAAAAAUCA